AGGCGUGGUUUUCUUCGGUGUAUUUAUGCAGUGCGGGGUGGGUUUUUGGUAUCUUUUUUUUACAUUUUUGACGCAUUUCAACAUCAUAUCUGAAUUCAGGACAUCAAAUAAGCCCACCGGACCGGCGGGCGGCCGGCCAUGAUGUCCGGGGAGUCGUACCAGGUGGUGGGGACGGCCAGCCUUGCCGAGCUGGAGGCCGCUCAGGUGGUGGUCUCCGCCCCGCCCGGCGCCGCCCCGCUCCACUACAUCACCGACUCGACACACCCAACGGACGCUGCCGCUACUCAGUGGUUCGUCGUCGAGGAGUGCUCGCAGGUGCUGACGCCAGCCGAGUCGGACUCAGCCGGCCGCCUGCAGCCCCCGCUGGCCACUCCGUCGUCGGGCGGCGAGCGGUGUCUGGUGUGCCGGGCCGCCCUGGCCCCCGGCUGGCCGGUGCAGACGUGUGUCACCAAGCACGGCCGCAUCGGUUACCUGACCCUGCUGCUGGACAUCCUGGUGCCGGACGGCGAGGUGGCCAGCCUGGCCGCCUGCGGAGACCACGUUUGUGACGCCUGCGCCGCCCUGCUCGAUGCUGUCGACGAGUACAGCCACAAGCUGCGCGGAGCCGAGCAGCGCAUCAGGGACAAGUACAAACUGGGGGCACUGACGGAGGACGCGGGCCACCGCACACCGGCCGGAGCUGCAGCAGUGGCUGUGGAACUGGCAGAUCAGAAGGCUCCGCCACCGCCGCCGGCGCCUCCAGACCAGCACCAGCGGCCGCACAAUCCCCAGGAGCAGCAGCAAAAACAGCACCAGGAGCCGUCUCAAAUCCAGCAGCAACUGCAGGAGCAGCCUGGACAGCCAAUACAACGGCAGAGCAGCUCGGGGGACCUCCCCGCCAAGACAGACUUGCUGGAACAGGCGAUCCGUGAGGAGCGGGUGGACGAUCCGGCCGGUGCCGAGACCGGAGACGCUGAUCACCCUGCCGACGCGGAGGACGGUGCCGGCGGUCGGCGCACUCCGCUCGGCUGCCCGCACUGCUCUCGCCGACUGCGCUCGGCCGCGCAGCUGGCGGAGCACGCGGCGCAGUGCCGGCCGGCCGGGGAGGCCGCCGCCGCGCCGGAGCGAGCCGACGAGCGGCCGACCGGCACCGGCGGCGGGGGCGGGGGCGCGGCGUUUGUCGGGCCGCGCCUCUCCUGCCACUGCGGGCAGAGUUUCGACUCGCCCGCCGAGAUGGCGCAACACCAGAGCACCAGUCACACCGAGGCACGCUUCGUCUGCGAGCACUGCGGAGAGCAGUCGAAAAACCCCAAGGCGUUCGCGGAACACAUGCGUCAGCACGGCGACACGCGUCCGUUCCGCUGCGACGUGUGCUCGAAGCGGUUCACCCUCCUCAGCUCGCUGCGCACCCACCAGCGACUGCACACGGGGGACAAGCCGUACCAGUGUGAGGUGUGCGGGCGCGCGUUCACGCAGCACACGUCCCUACAGAGCCACCGGCGCACGCACACCAACCAGAGACCGUACACAUGCGAAGUGUGCCAGCGCGGCUUCAGGGAAAUGCACUCGCUCAAGAAACACAUGCUCAUCCACUCGGGCGAGAAACCGUUCCAGUGUGAGCUCUGUGAGAUGCGGUUCCGUCAGAAGGGUGUUCUUCAGCGCCACAUGCGGACACAUACAGGGGAGCGGCCCUACCGCUGUGAUCAGUGUGAUAGCGCCUUUAUAGACUCGAAUGCCCUGAAGAUGCACAAGAUCCAGCACACUGGCCAGAAGCCGUUCUACUGCGAGCACUGCGGGAAGGGUUUCUCAGACGCAUUCUGGUUCAAUAAGCACCAGAUGUACCACAGCGGAGAGCGGCCCUUCAAAUGUGACCUCUGUCCCAAGGCGUUCACCGACGCCCGCAUCCUGCGAACGCACAAGAAGCUGCACUCGGGCGAGCGGCCGUACAUCUGCUACGUGUGUGGCGCCAGGUUCAGCAACUCGUCCCACCUGACGCGCCACAACAACAUCCACACGGGCACGCGGCCGUUCGAGUGCGAGGUCUGCCGCCAGACGUUCCGGGACAAGUCGACCCUGAAGCGGCACAUGCGCACCCACAGCUGCCAGCGCGGCCUCAACUGUCCUGACUGCACGGGCUCGUUCCCGCGCAAGGACGCGCUGCAGGUGCACCGGCGUGUGUCGUGUACGGGCGCGGGGCCGGCCGGCGGCGGGGCGGCGCUGGCGCGCGGCCCCGACCCGCUGGCGCUGGCGGUCAGUGCCGCCGGGCCGCCCGGCUACACGGCCGACAAGGCGCCGCUGUACUCGCUGAAGGAGCUGCCGGCCAGCCAGGUGCUGCAGCUGCAGGGGCUGGAGCAGCUGCAGCCGCCGACCCAGCCGGUGCAGCCGCUGACCCAGCCGCAGCAGCAGACGGAGCAGCAGCAGCCGCACCUGAUGCAGGCAUACCAGUGACGCCUCGGCGGACGGCGGUACACACCCGUGCCUGCGACAAACGCGAGAAUCGCCUCAUUUUCAUCAUGAAGUUCACUAAGCACAUAUGCAUUGAAUGGGUAAUCGUGCCCAAACUCAUUCACCGUGAGUGUUCUGGAAAGAUCAUCCAGAGCAGUGAGGCCAUCUUCAUCAUUUGAAUGUUACGUAGUACGCGAAUUAUUUGUAUGGCGUUUUGUGUGUGUGAUUGUGUAUUUGGCGCGAGUUUUACAAACGCGUCAUUGAGUGAUCUGCAGUACCGUUGCUGCAUGAAUUGCAGUGCCUGAAUGUUAGGUAAUUGUUGUUCCAUUCGUGGAACUCUGUGCUUUGUGAACCCUAUGGUAUCAACCUAUAUUUUUUACCGAACGAUAUUUUGUAUAAAUACGAUGUUACA